GUCCGAAUUCUGACCUGUGCUUUGGUGUUUGUCCUCUAGAGAUCUCAGGAAACACAGAGGACAUCCCUCUGGUGCGCUGGAGGCAGCAGUGGCUGGAGAAUGGCACUCUGCUCUUUCACAUUCAUCACCAAGAUGGUGCUCCCAGCCUCCCUGGACAAGACCCAACUGAAGAACCCCAGCAUGAAUCAGCAGAAGAGGAAUUGAGGAUCCUGCACAUCUCAGUCAUGGGUGGCAUGAUCGCUCUCCUGCUGUCCAUCUUGUGCCUGGUGAUGAUCCUGUACACGCGUCGACGCUGGUGUAAACGCCGCCGGGUGCCCCAGCCCCAGAAGAGUGCCAGCGCUGAGGCAGCCAACGAGAUUCACUACAUUCCCUCCGUGCUGAUCGGCGGGCACGGGCGGGAGAGCCUGCGCAACGCCCGCGUGCAGGGCCACAACUCCAGCGGCACCCUGAGCAUCCGGGAGACACCCAUCCUGGACGGUUAUGAGUACGACAUCACGGACUUGCGCCACCACCUGCAGAGGGAGUGCAUGAACGGAGGGGAGGACUUUGCCAGCCAGGUCACCCGCACCCUGGACUCCCUGCAGGGCUGCAACGAGAAGGCGGGGAUGGACCUCACACCAGGAAGCGACAAUGCCAAGCUGUCGCUGAUGAAUAAGUACAAAGAUAACAUCAUCGCCACCAGCCCCGUGGAUUCCAAUCACCAGCAGGCCACCCUGCUCUCGCACACCUCCAGUAGCCAGAGAAAGCGGAUCAACAACAAGGCAAGAGCUGGUUCCGCCUUCCUGAACCCCGAAGGAGACUCUGGCACAGAGACAGAAAACGACCCCCAGCUGACUUUCUACACCGACCCCUCCAGGAGCCGGAGGCGCAGCAGAGUGGGCUCCCCCCGAAGUCCUGUGAAUAAGACCACCUUGACGCUGAUCAGCAUCACCAGCUGUGUAAUCGGUCUCGUGUGCUCGUCCCACGUCAGCUGCCCCCUCGUUGUCAAAAUCACCCUGCACGUCCCCGAGCACCUGAUCGCUGAUGGUGAGCUCACUUCCGAGGAUGUGGCUUCCUCCCCAAAGGGGAAGUUUUCGAGUUGGACAGGGAAGAUAGGGAAGCUGGGGGGUCACUGUUACUUGUUACUGUAA